UUGUUAUUCUAAAGAGGGUUUCAACAAUUCUUGAGCUAGAGCAGCAUGAUUUCAAUACCAAUCCAUUUUAGAUUCACCUUCACGGAUUGCUAAUGAGAUUAAGAUCUAAGAGGGUGGGUAGACUUGUAGGUAGUUCAAUUGGAAUGGUUCUUGAGGUGGAUGAGCAUCAUGGAAAAUCUCUUCAAGUUCGAGUUAAUCUUCUAGUGGGGUAUAUUGAAGCAGAUUGUGAUAUAGGCUUCCAUUUGAAGGAAGCUAACUACAAAGUAACAAAGUUCUAUGGACCAUGGCUAAGAGCAGAAGUUGAUGGUUGGGGUCUGGAGGAUUUGGAAAACUUGGAACUUUUGGAAGAAAUAAACAAAAUAAGCUUCUCAAAACCAAGAAGUAGAGAAGGACAUUGCAAAGGUGAUGGACUUGUAAAACAAAUGGUUGAAAAUGUAGACCAUGCUCUUGAAUUCCAGCUUGUAGAGAUACUAAUGCAACAAGUUAUAGCAUCCUCUAAAGGAGGAAAAUCAACAGCUUUAGGUCAUGGAACUUGGAAAAGAAUCGAUAGGAACCUUGCAUCUACCCAUCACUUAAAGAAAGAAAUAAAGAGGAAAAGGAAAAAAUAUGCAACAAGGAAUGGAGGAUGAAAAGGCAACAAAGGUAUUGUUUAGCAACUUAGGAACUGCACUUGCAAUGCAGGCAGAUGUUUUCUUUCAUUCAUUUGCUGGAUAGAAGACCACUUAGGUUUGGACAAAGCAUUGUGGUACUGGGAGACACUGCAUCGCCAAGUCCUCUAAUCUCUCAUGCUAGGUUUGGAUGAUAAAAUAGAUGUGAUUAC